CCGGGACAACAUGGCGACGUUGAGCAAGCAAUAUGGGCUCAUUAUGCCCAAAAAGUUGCCACAGAAAAAUCUCGUCUCAGAGAAACUCUCAGUGUUUGCAGAUGACUCUGAUGAAGAGCCUUCUGUUGGUGAAAGUCUUCAGAGAGAAGCAUUGAGAAAACAAGCAAUGAAACAGACUAAAUUAGAGAUUCAGAAGGCUUUGGAGGAAGAUGCCACAGUGUAUGAAUAUGACAGCAUUUAUGAUGAAAUGCAGCAGAAGAAGAAAGAAAGUAAUGCCAGAGUGCUCUCUGGAGGGGAUGACACAAAGCCCAGAUACAUCCACAAUAUCAUCAAAGCAGCUGAGAUUAGAAAGAAGGAGCAAGAAAGGAGAAUGGAAAGAAAAAUUCAGAAAGAGCGAGAAAUGGAAGGAGGAGAGUUUGCUCAUAAAGAGUCUUUUGUGACUUCAGCCUAUAAGAAGAAACUGCAAGAAAGGGCUGAGGAGGAGGAGAGAGAGAGAAGAGAAGCAGCUCUUGAAGCAUACAUGGAUGUGACCAAACAGAGGGAUCUCAGUGGAUUUUACAGACAUCUUUUAAACCAGACAGUAGGAGAAGAAGAGAUGCCUAAAUGCAGCUUCCGUGAAGCCAGGAUAAAGGAAGAAAAACCUGACAAUAGUGAUGAAUCCAACCAAAGGAACAAAGGUCCAUAUGAAAAACAAAAACUGAAGCCUACUGCUAAGAAGGAGAAUAAUCCAGAUGCUGAUACCGACCUAGGAACUGAUAGUAGUGAUGAUGAUAAGAGACAGAAAACUAAUAAGGCAAAUCUGAAAAAGAAGAAAAGGCGAGCAAGCUCUGUGAGCAGUGAAGAGGAGGGUAAACGUCACAAGAACCAGAGGCAUUCCAGAUCUCCAAGCUCGUCCAGUGUGGAGGAAGAGCUGCACACAAAAGCUCAAACAAACCAUCAUGCAAAGAGAGGAGAGAGCAGGCCAAGCAGAAGGGGAAAUGAUGAACAGUACAGGGACAAAGACUAUGAGAGAAGCAGGACCCACGAAAAGGAUCACCAAAGGGAAAGGGAAGAGCGACACAGACAUGGGGAUCACAGUAACAAAGAUAGCUACAGAAGGAGGGAAGAGCAAGAUGACAAACAAAGGGGGAAGGAAAGAAAAGAGAGGGAGGGACAUGGCAGAGAAUAUAAGAAGGCAAAGGAGAGAGAAGAGAAGGGCUCAGAAAAGGAACGAGAGAAAGAAAGAACAAGAAAUGGUAAAGAUAGAUAUGACAGAGAGAAGGAGAGAGGAGAGAAGUACAGAGAAAAGGAAGAUCAUGUGAAGGAGAGGAGGGAGAAAUAUGGUAGUGAUGAAAAGAAAUACAGAGAGAGGAGGGAAAGUACUCCUGCCUCUUCAGAGAAAGAUGGAGAGACUGAUCUGGAAAAAGAGAGAAAGGGGAGAGAGAGAGAAGUGGAUGAGAAGGGAAGAUCCAGCUCUGGAAGUUCGUCUGCACAAAAACGUAAUGCUGGAGAAGAAGGGGAGAAAGAGGAGAAGGAGCAGGCACAGAAACCUGAGAGCAGGAGCAAAUUUGCCAAACGGAGCAAUGAGGAGACCGUCAUGUCAGCGAGGGACCGCUACCUGCAAAGGCAGAUGGCACGGGUCAGUGCCAAGCCUUACAUUGAGAAGGAGGAGGAUUAAUGUCCCUGUGGUGGACAAAACCACUUGACAUAUUGACCAGGAGGAAAAGCCACUGCUGCAUGGACUCCUGUACAGAAGGAUAGGUGUAUCCCAGUUAUUUAUUCUUGGCUUUCAUUUAAGAAACUGUGUGUACCAGAAUAGAACAACUUUGGAAAUGGAUUCAUGGAUCACCUGAUACACACCCUUUGUUUAAACAGUUGAAAUAUUAAAUUUGGCUCUUUCUGUCUACCCUGACCUUCGGUGCCCUAGCCUUGGUACUUCAGAUUUUCAGGCAGACCUAAGAGUGUUAAACAGUAUCAGGUGAGAAUUCCUUCCCCUGCCAGUCCCUCCUCCUUUACCAGCUGGAACAGUCAUCCCUGCUGAAGCACAGGUGUUUCAGGAGUUCCUGUUGCCCAGUGAUGCUCUCAAAAACAAGAGAGAGACCUGUGAAAGUGGGGGGAAAAAAAGGCAAAAAACCCAACCUGAAGAAUAACCUAGGAGAUCUCUGUAUGUAGAAUGGCAUUUUCUAACCUAAGUGCAUAUUGCCAUGAAUUUUUUAUUUAUGUGUGGGUUUUGGGGACUUGAUGUACAGAAACAAAUAAAG